AGUAGUCCAGUAUUGAAUAGAGUAAAAAGUUUUCCAAAUGCUUUCUACUCCACUGUUUUGUAGUAAAUAAAUAUUUAUUUUAAGUGUGUUUAGUCCUUUCUGGUGUGUGGUCAGUCACUUGGUGGUGCACGCUAUCUUUAGUAAUAGAACACUAACCUUUUACCGUUGUUUUUUUUCCCAGCGCUUUACUUAAUCUUGUGGGAAAUACUCAAACUGUUUUCAAUUUUUCUAAAAAAAUUUCUCCCUUCACCCCAGUGCGGUCCCGGGCGAAGAGGAAGGAGACGGGCCGCUCCCCCAGCCGUGGUGGGCGGGUCGCAGUCCCAGCGUUCUUCGCGGCUACGCAUGCUUCCUAGCCCCGCGCCGAUGGGGCUCGAGGUGGUCGGCUCCGUUUCACCUCAUGAGGUGCCUGGCGGUCCGCUGCUCGUCGGGUGGGCAUAGGGAGUGGCGGUGGCCGGCUUCCCGCUUCUGCCUGGGCUGGGCAGAGCUGCGCCCUGCCUCGGCGGCCUCGCUCCCUGUGGUGCGGAAGGUGGCGUUUCCCCACGUAGUGUGCCCUCCGCCGGCCUGCCGACAACUAGCUGGGCAGCCUCCGCCAGCGGGAGGCGUGGGCUUUUCCUCAUCGCUCCGGGUUGCCUGCGGCGGGGUUGGGGUUUCGGUUUCGGGGUCCGUUGGUGAGGGGACCCCGGGGCCAAGCGUUUCCAAUACGAUGUUUUUUACUGAGAAGAAGCUAAAGCGGGAGAAGGCUGUCGUAAGACUCUUGGUUCCAUUUUUGCGAUACAUCUCAGUUCCGAAGUACUCGUUAAGGAGAAGGUAUGGAACACACUGUGUUUGGUCUUUCCUGCGUUGGACUGGAUGGACUGGAUUCAGCAAGCACAGAGGCUCAACUCUGAGGCAUAGACCACAUUUCUUACAGGAAUAAAGCAUCUGCAAUGGAAAAAAAAAUGUCCUAGUCCCGGGAACAACUGAUGAUACAAAGGACAAUGCACAGUGUAUAUCCUGAUGACAUUUUGUGUGCUGUGACAUGGUUUUUGCCAUGGCAUCUGAGACCGAAAAGGCCCAUGCUCUUCUCCAAACUUUCAGCACAGCUUCAGUUAUUUCUAGUCUAGGUUUGGGAAUAUUCUGCUUUGUAGCAGACAGACUUCUGCAGUUUUCCUUCAUUCAGCAAAAUGACUGGCUCCGAGCCUUCUCUGAUAAUGCAGUGCAUGGUAUACUAGGAAUGUGGUCCUGGGCAAUAGUGAUUGGACUCAGGAAGAAAAGUGAUUGCACUGAAGUCACUCUGGCUGGCUUCCUUGCCUCUGUCAUUGAUGUGGACUACUUCUUUCUUGCUGGCUCCCUGUCAUUAAAGGCUGCUCUGACUCUUCCACUGAGACCACUUCUUCAUUGUUCUACUGUGAUUCCUGUUGCGGCUCUGACAUUAAAGUUUAUUAUGCACCUUUUCAGGCUUAAGGACUCAUGGUGCUUUCUUCCCUGGAUGUUGUUCAUAUCCUGGACUUCUCAUCAUGUCCGUGAUGGGAUUUAUCAUGGCCUCUGGAUCUGCCCAUUUGGAAAAACUCCUCCUUUGCCAUAUUGGCUGUAUGUGGCAAUUACAGCAUCUUUACCUCAUCUAUGUUCGUUUAUUAUGUAUUUAACAGGCACUAGAGAAUUAAUGUCUAUAAAACAUGGAAUCCGCAUUGAUGUAUAAGGAUGAUGUAUCUUAAAUGUUGUUUAUAUUAGCACUUGAAAUAAGCUGUCUGUUUAUCACUGAAGUGGUUUCCUUAUGUUCCCUAUGAUUUCCGAGUUACGCAUUUUAAGUCUGUGGAGACAGUUACAGCUCCUGUGUCAAUUCCUUGUGCUCAUAGAAACCUAUUUCAUGAAUGGUAAUAAUUUCAUAUCUAAACAUUCCCCUUCUAAAAUAUGUGGUCUUCCAUUAUAGUUCAUGCAUAGCUAGCUGAUUUAUAAAGUACUUAGUCUCUCUGUAGUAAUUGCAUUACAUUUUACUGUCAUGGUGCCAUUCAUCUGAUCACCAUUCACUUUGGAUUUGUAUUCUGCCUUUAGAUAAUACAUUUCAUCUAGAUAGAAUUUCUAUAGCGCUUCAAAAAUGUAAAGUACUAUAUAAAUGCUAAGUAUUAGUGAGAAUUUAGUAGUUUAUGGCACUUCUAAAAAACAUUAAUUAGCCUUUUGAAUUUAUUUAUUUAUUUUCCUGCUGAACUCUUGUAUUCAACUGUUUUAAAGGAAAUGCUGUUUGUAUUUCACAAUGUGCAACUGCAUAUCUGUACCUCUUUGAAUGCUGCUAUAAUAUAGUGUUUCUACUAAAUUCUAUUCCUUUGUAGUUGCUUGAUACUCAAUUCGCAGAUGAUUACUAGCUAUUAUUUGUGGUUAGAAAGGAAAAGACAGUUUGGUUACAGUAUUAUGUGUAUUGACCAAAUUAUUUAAUUUAAAAAAAAUAUAUUAAUUCUGAAUAUUAUUUAGUUUGGAACUAAGGAAUUUUCAGCUGUAUUUCAAAAUAUUAUUUUUCUGGUCAUGUUCUUAUACCAGUUCUACCACAGCAAUAGAUGAACACCACUCAGAAAUGUAUUAAGGAAAGCAGCAAGCACAUGUGACGCAUAACUUUUCUCUCUCCCUCCAAACAGACAAGGCAGUCUCACGCCUCCUUCUGACAUUUAGGCAGCUUUAGCUUAGGCCACUGACAACUUUUUAAGGUAAACUGACAUGUUGCAUGUAAUGCUGUAAUUUGUGGGUAGCCAGCUUAGAGAACAAAGGUGAAGUUAAAUAUUUGUUUCAGCCCAUGUCACUUAGGAGAUAGACCUCCCUAUUACGAAUGAAUUUCCUAACAAUUCCUUACCAGUAUUUCAUGUACAUAUCAAAUUCAUUGAUAUUUCCAACUAUGCAUUGAUACCUGCCAUGUGUAGGAAAACCACGUGUCAUGGUUUAACCCCAGCUGGCAAUGAAGUACCACACAGCUGCUCAUUCACUCCUCCCCACUCCCAGUGGGAGGGGGAGGAGAAUCGGGGAAAAAAAAAAAGUAAAACUCGUGGCUUGAGAUAAGAAUGGUAUAAUAACUGAAAUAAAAUAUAAUAACAAUAAUAAUUGUAAUGAAAAGGAAUAUAAUAAAAAGAGAGAAAUAAAACCCAAGAAAAGACAAGUGAUGCACAAUGCAAUUGCUCACCACCUGCUGACCGAUGCCUGAGCAGUGAUCUGCCCCUCCUGGCCAACUCCCCCCAGUUUAUAUACUGAGUGUGACGUUCUAUGGUAUGGAAGAUCCCUUUGGCUAGUUCAGGUCAGCUGUCCUGGCUAUGCUCCCUCCCAGCUUCUUAUACACCUGCUUGCUGGCAGAGCAUGGGAAACUGAAAAAUCUUUAACUUAGGAUAAGCACUACUUAACACACUGAUGUUUUAGUUGUUGCUAUCAACAUUCUUCUCACACUAAAUCCAAAACACAGCACUGUACCAGCUACUAGGAAGAAAAUUAAUUAUCCCAGCUGAAUCCAGGACACCAUAGCAAAAAUAAACUAAGAUACUAAAAACAUAUCUUAAUGAAUUUGUGCUUUACUGCAUGCAUUACAAUAAAGAUUAAAUGUGAAAUACAAAAAGCACGUGAAUUACACAAAAAAUUGUUAACAAACUCAAGCUAAUAAUUUCCAUGCACAAUGUGUGAGACAUAUCACUAAAAUAUUACCGUUAUUUCAGUGGUUCAUUUACUAUGCUAAUCUAAACUUUUUCCAUAUAUUUUCAAGUUAUACUUAUAAAUUUGAAAAAAGUGUGGGUUUUUUCUGACUUUUGGUUUAGAACUGUGCUGCUUUUUUUCCUGUUUUAAUGCAUUGCUGUCAUAGAAAGUAGGUACGAAUAAUUGCCAAGUUAAAAAUAUGUGAAUGUUUCUUCUCCCCAGUCCUCCAGAAACAAGAUAAAAUUUCUCCCAAUUCCCUGGUGGCCUUAACAGAAAGAGUGAACACAUUUCCUAUCAGUUUAUAUUCUAGUUUAAAAUGUAAUCUGUAUUUUCAUGUGACUACUGGUACUAUUUUUUUCUACAGGGAAGUAUAUUGUAUUAAUGAUCAUGUGCCUUUAAUUGGUUAUUGAUAAGUGAAUUACUCAUAAUUGAUGCGGUGCUCCAAGGAAAAUGCUGGUGAGUUUGAAUUGAAUUGAAAUGAUUUUAACAGCCAAGCCAUUGGUAUUAGCUUAUUAUCGGAAGGACAUCUCCUUUGCUAAUGGAAAUAAAUUUCCAGAAAGAGAGAGAGAAGGAAGGGGUUAAAAUUCAGUCUAAAGGAAAUGUUAGUACAGUUAAUUUUGAACACAUGUACUUUUAUUUCAUCAGCUGCUGUCAGUACGAAGCUAAGUGAUGAGAUGCAUCAGAAGAGUACACUUCUAAGUAAUUGAGCCAAUCUGAAUUCUGCCAAUUAUGCAAAUUUAUUCAGUGCAGAAGAAAUUUUGUGUUGUAAGUGUUAUACAACAUGGGCUUUGAUCAACUGGUAAUUUGAAUCUGCAAACUAGGUUUUGUUUCCAUGCUACAGGCAGACCUUGCAUUGAAACAAAGGAAGGGCUGUCAAGUUAAAGUACCCUUUGCAUUCAUUGCAAAAAAACAGUAGUAACACUUUUCCUCUGUGGUGGGUUGACCCUUGCUGGAUGCCAGAUGCCCACCAAAGCCGUUCUAUCACUCCCCCUCCUCAGCUGGACAGGGGAGAGAAAAUAUAACAAAGGGCUUGUGGGUCAAGAUAGGGACAGGAGAGAUCACUCACCAAUUACCGUCACAGGCAAAAAAGACUCAACUUGGGGAAAAUUACCUUAAUUUAUUACCAAUCAACCAGAGUAGGGUAAUGAGAAAUAAAACCAAAUCUCAGAACACCUUCCCUCCACCCCUCCCUUCUUCCCGGGCACAACUUCACUCCCGGAUUCUCUACCAACCCCCCCAGCGGCACAGGGGGAA